GGCGGCUUGCGUUACCCUUAAGUUUUGUAAAUUUUCUGCGUUGUUUGAACGGUCCACUGCAAUGUCUGUCAAACACAGCUGCUCUUUAUUCGACACAUUUUCAACCGGAUAUUCCCGAGUUGGCGCUUGGAUUAACGUUGCUGCUCCUGUUGUGUUUUUGUAGGUGACAGUCAAUCAAACAAUUCAUCUGAUCGGUCAGGACGGGUUCAGUUUCUGUGGACAGAUUAUUUGUCGACUUGUUUCUCAUUUUGGGAGCUGUGUGCCAACGUUUCGACUUGUAACUAGCAGCCGGCGCAGCAAGUAGUCACUCUUGACUGGAAGUGGAGGCUGAGACGCACACGUGUUAUCCUCCUUCCUCCGGCAGCACCGAGAUUUAAACACACUCGGGAUAAAGUAGUUUUUCUGUGGGAUUUCGUUUAAAACACGGACGACGGCGUGGCAGACAACAUGUCGCUAAGCAGAAGUAUAGAAUUUGAACACUUUGAGGAACGAGAGAAACCUCAGCGGACACCGAGGACCAACUCAGGCUCCGGGUCCCAGUCUGGCUCCAGAGGCAACGGUCUGGUCCCCAGCCCGGCGCACAGUGCGCACUGUAGUUUUUACCGCACACGCACUCUCCAAUCCCUCACAUCCGAGAAAAAGGCCAGAAAAGUGCGGUUUUACCGCAAUGGGGACAAAUAUUUUAAAGGUUUGGUGUAUGCCAUUUCUAACGACCGGUUCAGGUCUCUGGAUGCCCUGCUCAUGGAACUCACACGGUCCCUGUCUGACAAUGUCAACCUUCCUCAAGGAGUCCGGACGUUAUACACGUUGGAUGGAGGCAGGAAGAUCACCAGUCUGGAUGAGUUAGUAGAGGGUGAGAGCUAUGUGUGUGCAUCAAAUGAAUCCUUCCGCCGUGUGGAGUACACCAAGAACGUUAACCCCAACUGGUCCCUGGGCAGCAAGACCGGCACAUCGCGCUCCCUCUCCUCUCUCAUCCCGCUGAAGAGUGAGUUGCAGCGUGAGUCCAAGGACUUUAUCAAACCCAAGCUAGUCACGGUCAUCCGCAGCGGUGUCAAACCCCGCAAGGCAGUACGGAUACUGCUCAAUAAGAAGACCGCACACUCCUUCGAGCAGGUGCUCACCGACAUCACAGAUGCAAUCAAGUUGGACUCUGGGGCCGUGAGGAGACUGUACACGUUGGAGGGCAAGCAGAUUAGCUGCCUGCAGGACUUCUUUGGGGACGAUGAUGUGUUUAUAGCCUGUGGCCCAGAGAAGUACCGCUAUGCCCAGGACGACUUUGUGUUGGAUCACAGCGGUAAGGCUUCCACAGCCUUUAUGACUGAAUGCAGAGUGCUGAAGUCGUCUCACAGCCGCUCUGCUACUCCAAACCGGACAGCUAAGAGCCCCGGACCUUCACGACGCAGCAAGUCCCCUGGUGCAGCCAGGCAAACUGUCCACUACUCCACCAGCCAGUCUCCAAUCAAAUCCCCAGUAAAUGGUGUCUCAAGCAGCCAGAUCUCAACUCCAAAGUCCAUCAAGUCCUCCACUCCGUCUCCCACCAGCCCCCGACCCAUCCCCAGUUUCAAGAUCCCUCCGUCACAUCACAUCUCAUCCCCAAAUGGAAAUGGUUCGUUGAACAACCACCAGGAGCAAACCAAUCGACUGAGUCCAGAGGUUAAUGGUAACCGCUACCUGCCUGCCUCCACCAUCUUGGAAAAAUACAAGGUUGGCAAGGUCAUCGGAGAUGGCAACUUUGCUGUGGUCAAAGAGUGCGUGGAGAGGUCCACAGGAAAAGAGUUUGCGCUGAAGAUCAUCGACAAGGCCAAGUGUAGUGGAAAGGAGCACCUCAUAGAGAAUGAGGUCGCAGUGCUGCGGAAGGUGAAACACCCCAACAUCAUCAUGUUGAUGGAGGAGGUGGACACUUCCUCUGAACUCUACCUGGUUAUGGAACUUGUUAAGGGAGGGGAUUUAUUCGAUGCCAUCACCUCCUCGGCCAAAUACACAGAGAGAGACGCCACUGUCAUGGUGUACAAUCUCGCUGGAGCUCUGAAGUACCUGCACAGCAUGAACAUCGUCCACAGAGACAUCAAACCAGAGAACUUGCUGGUGUUUGAGUAUCCAGAUGGCACCAAGUCAUUGAAACUCGGGGACUUUGGCCUGGCUACAGUGGUGGAAGGACCUUUAUACACCGUAUGUGGAACUCCUACAUAUGUGGCUCCAGAAAUCAUCGCAGAGUCGGGUUACGGCCUGAAGGUGGACAUCUGGGCUGCAGGUGUCAUCACCUACAUACUCUUGUGUGGCUUCCCUCCAUUUCGAAGUGAGAGUAACAUGCAAGAGGAUCUGUUUGACCAGAUCCUUCUGGGGCGACUGGACUUUCCCAGUCCUUACUGGGACAACAUCACUGAGUCAGCCAAGGAGCUGAUUGGAAAGAUGCUGACGGUCAACGCUGAGGCUCGAUACGCCGCACAAGACAUCCUCUCUCACCCUUGGGUCACGGACGACGCAGUCACGGGGAACAACAUGAAGAUGGAGGUCACAGGUAAACUGAAGACGCACUUUAACACUGAGCCUAAGCACAACAACACCACAGCCGGGGUGUCAGUCAUCAUGAACACAGCUCUAGAUAAGAAGAACCUCCAGCUCACCACCCGUCAUCGUCCAGGGCCCCAAACAGUGCCACGUCCACCGUCGUCGACUGGCAAUAAAGCCCUUUCAGUCAUACCCGCCUCGCCAACAAAGUCAGAACCGGCUUCUCCAACCAAACGGGCAUCACACGCCGAAGAACCAAAACCUGCCAUGCGGGCAUCACCCACCAAGUCUGCUCUUCUCAAGGCCCCCAAGACCACGAAUACAGCUUUGCCUGCUGCUCCCUGGUCUCAUUCCCCAACUGACGGUGUUGAUUUCCCUCCCUCUGCUCCUGUCAGUUUGCUUCAUGUUGCCCCUUCACCCUCUGCUGAAACUUUCCCCAUCACCUCUUUGCCUGUUUCCGCCCCUCCUGAAAUAACAGCGUCACCUACAUCACCCUCCGCCCCUCCCUUCUUAUCUCUAGAGACUCCCUCACCCUCUGGCCCUCCUGUUCUUUUUGCCUACACAACUCCCUCAACCCCCGUCUCCUGUCCUUCCCCAUCAUCUCCACCCAAACCAGCUUCUCUUUCUCCCUCUUCUCCCACCAAACAAGCCCCUUCCUCCUCCCUGGUCUCCUCCAUCAACCGGCUGUAAUUUUUCCACUCUCUUCCCCAACCAAACAAGAACCAUCCUCUCCGUCCCCCUCUCCCACCCAUCCAACCCUGUUUCCCUCUCCUCCUUCUACACCUCCCAGAUCUACAACCCCGCCCUCUCCGGCAGGCCCGCCUUCUCCCAGUCCUCUACCUGCUGAAGAGCUUAUGGAGAUUUAAAAAAAACACGGCAAUUCUGUAGCCAAUUUCACCCUCUCACUCUUUGUCUUUACAUGUAUGUAUCAGAAAACAUAGGAUGAGGAGGCUAAAACUCAACCUCAAGCAUUCCCAGUAGCUUUAAACUGAGCCAGAGACCGCUGUGUCCAUAUUUUUCUCUCAUUCUUAUCCCACUCAUUUAUAGAGAUGGAAGAUACGAGGUGUCGAUUGUAUUUAUUAAUGGAGGAUGUGGAGAAAGGGAAUUAACUGAAGAUAUCACUGUUCUGAGUGGUUUGUAUUUGGAAGUCAUUACUUGAAUUGAAUUGUUUUAUUUAUUAUCCCAUUUUGACUGCCUGUGGCUCUUCUGUAAAUAGUUAUUCAUAACACACACACCCUAACUGUGAACUCCUAUUGCUUUUAGCAGAGAGACAGUAUGUUCAUAAUGCAAGUAUUUCAGCAUAUCAAACGUCUGAACUUGCUAGCCUAGCUACCCUUGGUGUAAUCCAACUAAUGUAACAAAACUACUCAGUAUUUUCUCUGACUGCAGCCAUCCCAAUGGUAACCACACGUUUAUUAUUAAACUCCUAUUCAGUGUUACUAUAUACAAAUACAGUGGGUUGACAAAAUAAAUGCAAUACCUACCAAAGUAUCAAGUAGCUAAUGACAAGUAAGGCGGUGCUCUACUUGUUAAAAAGCUUCAGCUCUACCUGGAGAUUCUGAGGAUUUGUACGCAUUGAAAUCACACAUACAAAAGAGGUAAUAGACAAAUGGCCGACACAAAUGGCUGUUCACAUUCAUUUUAAAGGGUAUGUUCAUCCAAAUUACAAAAAAAGUUUUCUCAGUCAGCACAGUGGUUUGCAACUGUUUGAGCUUGUGACCCCAUAUUUCUCUGCACCAAGGCCAUUUCAACCAAAGAUUUAAAUUGUUUUAUUUACAUAUGUUAAUGGCCUGAAGACAUAAAACUGUCCAUUAAUUCAAAAGCAAUAAUCUUAAAAUAUAAACAAUUUUUAUGUUUUUAUGUUAUCUUAUCCCAUAAAUCAUCUCCCAACCCCUCACAUUAAUCUUGAGGGGUCCAGACCUCCAGGCUGGAAACAACUGCUCUAGUGUUAUUAUAUAUAAUAUAUAUAUAUUGUAGCCAUGCAGAAAGCUUUCGGGUAAUUUACCAAGGUUAUGAGAUUUCUGUUGCUGCCACAAUAUAAUAUAGGCGCAAAGAAUUUUGUUUGUGGCAUGACAACAAUCUAGUUUGUCAAGGCCCCUAUGAAAAGUGUCCAUAGUGAAAUCUGCAAAUAUCCAGAGUUACCAGAAGUAAUGUUACUUUUGAAUAUUGUAAAUGUCAUUUUUCAAUGCUAUUACAUGAAAAAUUCACCAUCUUAUUGAGGUAGGAACAUUUCAUAGAAAAAUAUCUAAAAACCUGUGCAAAUAAAAAAAAAAGUCUUUGCAUGACCAGAGACUGCUAAAAGUGAAGCAAAAGAUGAUUUUUAAAUUUGGGUGAACUGACCCUUUAACAUGACUUUCCAGUGUACUACCUUUAUAAGUCAUGUGUCAAUUUGGUAGAUUAUUUUGUGCGCCCACAGUAACUGACAGACAUGCUGACACAGUCAUUCACAUACUGUUUGUAUGUAUUAUUUGAUGUGAACAUUUGAGUUGUACAUAGUGUGAAGAACCGUAGUUGUCCACCUGAAACUUGAAGGUUUGUCUUCUUGCUUACGUGUGUCUGAGCAGAACUGCUCUUUAAAAAAAAAAAAAAAUAAGGAAAAUACACUGAACAAAAUUAUAAACGCAACACUUUUGUUUUUGCCUACAUUCAUCUUCAUUGCAUGCUCCCUCCAAACUUGCGACAACUGUGGCAUUGUGCUGUGACAGAACUGCACAUUUAAGAGUGGCCAUUUAUUGUGGCCACCCUAAGGCACACCUGUGCAAUACCCAUGCUGUCUGAUCAGCAUCUUGAUAUGCCACAUCUGUGAGGUGGAUGGAUUAUCUCAGCAAAGGAAAAGUGCUCACUGACAGAUUUUUGAAAAAUAGGCCUUUUGUGUACAUAGAGAAAGUCUUAGAUCUUUGAGUUCAGCUCAUGAUGAAUGGGGACAAAAACGCAAGUGUUGUGUUUAUAUUUUUGUUAAGUGUAGAUCCAACAGACAUAAAACCAAAUUGUUGGUUUGUUUAUGAUGAACUGUCAUUUUUAAAAACUGAAUUACUUUCGGCUACGACUCUAGUACUGCACAGAAAGGAUUGAUAUAAUUCCUUUCAUGACACUAGUGAACACUUUCUUCAAAAUAUUCAUUCAGUGGUUUUUGAUCUGUUGGAUUUACAUGAAUGAAUGUGUUGCCAAGGUGACAGGUUUGUGCCUGACCAGUACCUAACAGCUCUUUGCUUAAUGAUGCCUUUCUCAAAACCAGCUUGGCAGAAAAAUGGGGUUCCAAAUUGUGCAUCCUAAAGUUAAGUUAUGUGAUUUGUUUUUAUUUUGUACCCGUUUUAAACUCCAAAGCAUUGUCCCAGCUCCUUCAGUGGUUCAACAUGCCUCUUUUCCCCUUCAGGACUUUCAGCUGCAUGCAUAUUACUUUCCCCACUUCCUGCCUCCCUGUCAGAGAAAACCCUCACACAUACACAAAGUCAAGUUGGUACAUAAUGUCAUUUAGCUUCCUCUUAUGUAUAUGUAGUUUGAGUAGAUUUUCAUAAGCAGUUUGUAAAGGGACAUUUGUAUGAAAAGACAGUUUUAAAACAGGUAUAUCAUCUGUGUCAAACUGGAGUAACGGUUUUCAUUAGGUUAGAAAGGCUGCUUUUAAUGUCCUACUGUUUUGAAAUGACAGUAAAGCAAAAAAUAAAAAUGCAAUGAAGACUUCAAA